AUGGCGGAUACAAAGCAUGCGCCGGCGGAUCGCCCGCCGGCGGUGGCGCCGGGCGGGUCCCGGGCGGAGGGGGCGAACGGCGACGCGGGCGCCGCGGCCGAGACGGGGCCCGCGGGCUUCUGGGAAUCGCUGCUGAGCUUCAGAGACUUCAAGAACAGCCUGAAGCUGCGCAAGGAUUAUAAGCUCAAGGAAAAGCUCUAUAUGACGGCUGGGGGUGACUACUGCUUUCAAACGCAAAGGUUCGACCCUGUGUUGCAGCUCACAUACAAGUUCAAUGACAAGCUGCGCGCCGACAUCACACCACACGCUGUGACCUUGCAAAGGCGCUGCAAACUGGAGUAUGCUGGUGUCUGCCUGAAUUUGACACCAAAUAUGAAGAUUAACUUUGCAAAGAGAGACAAGAAGCAAUCAGUCAAGCUUGGGGCGACUGUGAACAGUCUGCGACCUAUCCAUGUCGUUGUUGGGGUCAUGGCAAUAGGACUCUUGCGGGGCAACGCGCUGAAGACCUCGAAGCAGAUGAAAAUCCCCAAGCUGUCAAAUGUUGCGGCGGAUUACUCCCGUGCUGAGUGUCAGGGUCGAUUCGGCUUGCAAACGAAUGGAGUGUCCGGACUGGGCCUGCACGUGAGCGAGGUGAAUUUGAUUCUGCGCGUUGGACCGCCUGUUGAAUGA